UGUGCAGGUACUGAAAAGUGAAUGCAAGUCAUAAAGAAAUUGCUCCUGACCAAUGCAGCAGAACCUGCCUACCUCUUGGCUUUCUUCUAGUGGUACCUAGCCCACACACCAGCAGUGAGGUAGGAGUCUUUGACCAGUGUGUUGUUAAAUUAUGAGAACAAACAGAAUUAUUCUUUUUCAAGUUAAUACCAAUGAGACUGAUGAACACAGUUCUCUAGCAUGACAUACUUUUUGGUAAAAAAUGUGAUGUAUUAAAACCAAAGGGUGGUAGAAGUUGUAGAAACAAGUUUAGAAUAGAUGCCAAGUGGCCCAUAUUGGACUACCUCAUAUAUGAUGUGUCUCUUACAAACAAUGCAUUUCUUGAUAGAAAAAGUAUAUGAUGGUCUAUUGUGUGCUAUAAUUAAAUACCAACAUUAAGUAUAUUCCGCAUACAUUUGCAGGACUCAAGGGUCUGAAUAUAGUACAAUGGAAUUUAGUUCUUGUUCGAUGAUGCAAGGUAUAAAAGUGAUACAAGAUACUAUUUAAGAAUGAUACAAGAGUAAAAAUUUAAGUCCUAUUAAUUCUAUGUUUGACUAAUUUUGGUGCUUAUAUUUGACUAAGAUCUAAUUCUUUAGGGAUACAAUUACACAUAAUUUUAGGCUCCUAUGGAUGUUGGAAGGUUGAUUUGAUCAAGUUAAUGAACUGAGCACCCAAUUUCUAGGCUCCAGAGCACAUUCCCAACUCUGUUUUCUUGCAUGAGCAUCAGACGCUAUUUUUAUUGGAGCCAAACAGCUGGGUGAAGUAAUGAGACCCACCCUAAUAGUUUGAUUGGAGGCACUGAAGUGAAAGUCACUUUUCCAUGUUGCAUUACCACUUUGUUCCAGAAAUUGGAGUUGGAAUGGCUCUGUGUAAAGCCACACCACUUCAAACCACCCCAGCUGUAGUUACAGAAGGAAGGAAAACCAAGGAAUGGUUGGACACACUGGGUAUGGUCAGCAUGGAGAAGAAAAGGAGACAGGAGACAUGAUGCCUGUCUUGGAGUAUCUGAAGCAUUCUCAUGUAGAAGACAGGACAGAAUUGUUCAAUAUUGUUUCAGAAGGCAGAACAAGAAACUGGGAUUAAAUAACACGGAAGUAUAUUUUGGUUGGACAUCGGGAAAAAAUUUCUAAUGGGGAAGAAGGAAAGCUAAAUUAUUGGUAAGCUGCACGGCAGAUAAGAACUCCUGCAACUAUGGCCUCCAAUACCAGUUCAAGAAACAACACCAGCUCUAGCCUGAGUGAACUUUUCCUGUCCUACAGCAAGACAGUGUUUAUUGUUUUUUAUAUUGUCUUCUUCCUCUUGGGAAUUCCGGGGAACAUCUUGUUGCUCUCUGUACUCAUGAGAGGUCUCCAAAGAAAAAGUGGCAACCACAUCUCACGCUUGACUGAACUCCUAUACAUCAACAUAGUAGCUCUUGAUCUCCUCUUCUUCCUCUACAGCCUUCUGGUGAUGUCUGGCAGAUCCAUUCUCAAGAACUGGCGCUUGAGUCACCUGCUGUGUGUUGCUAAUCAUAGCUUGUCCUUAUGGAUCUCCUUUGCUGACUUCUAUAGCAUGUUGGCUAUUUCUCUGCUCCGCUAUGCUGCUAUAAUCCAUCCAAUGCAAGUGAUAUCCAUUUCCCCGAAACAAAUAGUUAGGGCUUCUGUGUUAAUUUGUAUAGUUUGCCUCUUGUUCACCACUCCUCUUUGGAUUCAUUAUGAAAUUAUUCCCCUGGAAGGGGAAAUAUUUUGUGUGAAUCAAGUGGAAAACAAAGAAAUGAUCCUUUAUUUAAGGCUCCUGGGAGGGAUGGGGUUCCUGCCUCCCAUGUUGUUGAUGAUGAUCUGCUACUCAAGGAUCAUCUUCACCCUAAGGUUGAGGAGAGUAAUAUCUAUACACGCAGCUGCUACCUUGCACAUUAAUUGGCGAGCUACAGUAAUGAUUUUGGUCAACUUGGUGGUACUUGUGAUCAUGUGGCUUCCAUACUGGCUAGUGAUUUUCUUCAUCAGGUAUGAAGAGUUGUUAACCACAGCUCAUAAGUACAUAGCAUAUCAUUUAACAUUCUUCCUGGCCUUUGCAAAUCGCUGUGUUAAUCCAUUUAUCUGUUUCUGUUUCUCCUCCCAAUUCCAAGCUAGGUUGAAGAAUCUCUUUCAGAGGGUAAGGAAGAGACAGAAUCAACUAAGCACCAUCCACCUGGGCAGGAUAGAUGUUCUGCGUAGCACACCAUAAGGCUUAUGUUAUAUAAGCCUCACCAAAGAUGUGGGGCUACAAUAUUAUUGCCAAGCUGAAAGGUCCCUAUGAAACAUUCACAAGAGCUGACACAAUCUGCACCAGUUUAAAAUAUUUACUUGGUUUCUUCAUCUGGGAAAAGAUGGUAGUUCCAGAAUACCCUUAGUUUGUUGGAGUUCUAGUUGCUUUAUUCCCUAAAAGAGCUGAAGGAACAACUGCUUUUUAAUUUCAUUAUUGAUUCUAAAUAUGGUUUCUUAUUGAGCCAUGUUAUUCUACCAGUAACAUAUUUUACUGCAACUGGAGGGAGUUGCUCAGUUUGAAUGUCUCUAGAUAGCUUUCUUCCUGCCUGGACUUCAAAGUGCUGCUUUUGCUUUGGUUAUUUCUGAGUUGUUUGUGUACCUUUAAUUGGACACUGAUUCAUUCCCAAGGAAUAUUACAUGUUUGUUCACUUCAAAUGGUUCUAGUUGCAACAACAGAAAGGGGUCUCUAGAGGCAAUAUUAAUUGCAUUGAAGCUUCUGCACUGAGGAUUGAGUCCCUGGAAUAACCUUUAAUAUUUGAGUUGAGAAAUCUAGUGCCUUGCCAAAUAGGCUAAUGAAGUCUCAGGAAGAAAAGUUCUCUGGAGUGAAAGGUAUUUGUCAUCUUUCCCAUAAGAGCCAUAAUUUGAGCCACUAUUGCAAAGGUGGGGAACCAGCAUCUCCUGUAGCAAACCUACAAUGAAACCUACAGUCCUUCAGGUUACCCCUAAGACCAUUCCCCCUCACAUCCACAUCUCCAUCUCACAUUAGUCCAAUUGCAGAGCUGAUGAUGAAAGAGAUUGCCUAGGUUUAGAUCUCUUUUGUUGCUAUUGCCGCACACGUAUCUGUCCACAUCUCUAAAUCUGCCCACUUUGGGCUCUGGCUAUAACCAGUCAUGGAAUGAAAGUCUAAGGAAAAAGAGAAUCUUCACUCCUGAGAAAUAUAGCUACCACCCCCACCUAAAGCUUCCUAAUGUGAGCUAAGAUGCUUUAAAAAUGUUUGUACCUUUGUAUGAUUAUAGUGACUAUUUCCAUCCAUCUUCAUGACAAAGAAGCAGUAGCUCCAUGCCUAGUUCAAGGGGAAUGAAAAAUACCAAUAGCUUGGGCAGUGAACAAGACAGAAAGGGCUCCAGUCUGGAGAAGGCUGGAAUAACCCAUCUAGGAUUUUUUUUUAAUAGUAAUUUUAGUGAAAAUUACAAUACAACAGUA